AACCAUUACUGACAUCUUCUUUCUGAAGUAUGACGUUAGCGAGUGUUUGUAAUGGUUUGUAAGAAAACAAAUUGUAAAAGUGAAUUAUGAAAAAUUGAUAAACUUAAUGAAAUAGUAAAUGUUACAUGUGGAACAGCAGCAACAUAUUACUUAAAUAUUUAACAGACAAAUAAAACACAAGUUCCUUCUGUAAACCGGUCUGUUAAUGAACUUCUGGUAAAAGUAACAGUCACCACAUGAGCAAUGCAUCCAGUACGCGAAAGACGAUGCGACGAUUUACUAGAGAAUCCGCUUCUCAAAACUCCACCACCAGAACCCGAGAAACCGCGAGUACCACGCGUACGGAAGCCAAGGGAGUUCAAAAUGCCUCCAAGAUUUCCUCUGGUACCGAAGGCGUUUUAUGCCAUCUGGGUUAAUCAUCAGAAAGAGUUACAAAUGGCAAAGCCUAAAGUGGACGAUAGCCCUCCGGAACUGUUCCCAGAAUUGUACCUAAAGCCUCGAAGGCUGGACUUCUACGCUCGGCAACUGGAAGAGACUAUGAAUGUCAAUAAGGAACUUCUUAAAAGGAUUAAUCUCAUACAGCGAACUGGAGGUUUCGUGGACUGCUGGAGGCCUGAACAAAACAAUAAGUACAAUCAGCUACUCUGCAAACAACGGCAGCGGGAUCUGAACAAAAUACAAGAGGCUAACUUCUAUUUUUACUCUAGGCUGCUCGUUGCUAGAUCGGAGCAGCUACUAACGAAAGAAUUGGAUGAAGCGUGGAAGGACACAAAACACAAAUUAAUAUUAGGAGCCUCAUUGCCGUUUAUUCUAUUCAAAACAGGAUCAAUUGAUCGGGAUAUAAAAGAUCCAGCGUUGGAUAAACCUUUAAACGUUAAUCGGCCUAGAGUGUCUAUGGAUAUCUGGGUUCGAGGUGGCUCGAAGAUAGGUAAGGUGUUAAUCGAGCUGUUUUCCGACGUCGUGCCUAAAACUUGUCAAUUCUUCUUGAACCUCGUCAGAGGAGAUUCGUAUGGACAUGCUUACACUGGAACCAGAUUCUUUAGGAUUGUCCCUGACCUAUAUUGUCGCGGCGGAGAUGUAGCCAAGGACAAUGGCUUCGGUGCCUACACCCCGAACAAGGAAGGAGAAAACGCUGGUCAACCCGGUUUGUUCUUCGAAAACUUCGAUUUGAACCAUUCUGUACCAGGUGUAAUCUCGAUGGUGAUCACUCCGGACGGUGAAGCCACUGGUCAGUUCAACAUCAUAUUCAAACCGCUGCCACAGUUUGAUAAGAGACACGUGGUCUUCGGCAGGAUUAUAGCAGGGCCAGCUCCCGCACUUGAACGUAUCAGCGCGCUAGGGCUGCCUCUAGGCACAACUACCUCGGAUUGCAUUAUACUCUCCUGUGGUUGGUUCACUAAAUCCGGUCGGUAUAAAGAAGGCAGCCCUAACACCAUCAAGUUCCCGCCUAGACGUAAAAAGAGAUGAGAGACAAAUUUUCAAAAAACAUACUUUUUGAUUAUUUG